ACGGAAUGUUUAUUAGAGUUUGUGACACUUGUAGUUUAGAAGUUGGCUGUUUUUUUUUCUUUUGUUAAUUAUUUAAUUUGUUGUUUAAAUAGAUUUAAAAUUUAUUGUUAUGAAUUAUGAAUCAUUACAAUCAAAAGGAUCCUUAUUUUAACCCUCCUGACAAUAGUAACUCUAUUGACGAAGAUUAUUAUCAACCUUCAAAUGGAGCAUCUUUUGGAGGAUAUGCUCGAACACCUGUUACGUCUACUCCCAGCUAUGCUUCUUAUGACAGCAAUGUGAUGUCACCGAUGUCUAAGGCUGGAGGGUAUGUAAACCCUCAACAGCAUUAUUCAGCUCCACAGUUUUUGCCAGAUGGACUUUCUCCAGUCCCAACCAAUUACCUUGCUAGCCCUUUUGCAAAUGUAGCUGUGCAAUAUGGCUCAAAAUUAAUGGGAACUGGGAAAGAAAUGAUGGAUAAAGAAAUUAACCGGUACAUUCAAGUUCCAGUUUUAAAGCAGUACUUCGCAGUUGAUACUACCUACGUUCGAAAUAAACUUCGCUUAGUAUUAUUUCCUUUCCUAAAUAAAGAUUGGUCUUUAAAGUACAGUGAAAAUUCAAGAGUUGGGCCAAGGAAUGAUGUUAAUUGCCCUGAUCUUUACAUACCAUUCAUGGCUUUUUUGACCUAUGUGCUUCUUGCUGGAGUACUAUUGGGUAUCAAUGAUCUUUUUGAGCCUGAAAAAUUGGGGAUCAUUGCAAGUCAAGCAACAGUAUGGACGAUUGUGGAAGUCCUUAUUCAGAUUGCUCUUAUUUAUUUUUUCAACAUUGAAAUAAAUGCUACUACUUAUGAUAUUGUAUCAUAUUCAGGAUAUAAAUUCAUUGGGAUAAAUAUUAUCAUACUUUCAGGAGUGUCUUCAUACAGCUUAGCGUAUUUGAUAGGCCUUGUGUAUAGUUGUUUAUCAAUGGGCUACUUCACAGUAAAAACCUUAAAAUGGAGAUUAAUGGCUGAUUUUGGAAUUCAUCAAAGUGGCCUUGAUUAUAGAAGAAAACAAUAUUUUCUUGUAUCAUUAGCUCUCUGCCAUGUUUUCCAGAUGUGGCGCCUCUCAAGUAGCUUAUUGCAUACGAUUCAUUAAGAUGAAUAUAAAAUGUAUUACAAUUACCAAAAUUACCUAACUGAUUUGUUUUGUAUUUAAUUAAUAAAUAAUUUUGUUAUAAAU